GCUAACUCAGCCGUUUGAAUGCAGCGUGGCUAAGCAGCCGCAAAUCCACUGCAUUUCUGAGAAGAUGCCCCGUCUUUUGACAUUUUAAACUAUCUUUCCCCGCAGCGCUUUAAGCCUGAGAGGAUACUGUAAUGGUUUCGGAGAAUGGAAACAGACGACGUGUCGGUUAGAGAGCAACUUUUCCACAACCGUGUCCGGGAGACCAUAAUCUGUGUUCUCCUGUUUACAUGCCUUUACAUCGUCUCCUACCUCAUACUUACCCACUUCAAGAAGACUGCAGAGUAUGUCACAGAUGAUAUUGAAGAUGCCACAGUUAACAAAAUUGCGCUGUGGUUGUGUACAUUCACCCUGUCUGUUGCGGUGUGUGCUGUACUCCUUCUCCCCAUCUCCAUUUUGUCCAAUGAGGUGUUGCUCACCUUCCCACAGAGCUACUACAUGCAGUGGCUCAAUGGAUCUCUUAUUCACGGCUUGUGGAACCUAGUUUUCCUUUUCUCCAAUUUGUCCCUGGUGUUCCUCAUGCCCUUUGCCUACUUCUUCACGGAGUCUGAGGGGUUUGCAGGGUCCAAAAAGGGGGUGAUGGCACGAGUGUAUGAAGCUGUUGUGCUGCUGUUGCUGCUGGCUCUGCUUGUGCUGGGCAUUGUGUGGGUGGCAUCAGCCCUCCUCCAUGACAACAUAGCCAGGAAAAGCCUUUAUGACCUGUGGGAGUAUUAUCUUCCCUACCUGUACUCAGGCAUCUCUCUGUUUGGAGUGUUGCUGCUUCUAUUGUGUACUCCCUUUGGCUUGUCCCGAAUGUUUAGUGUAACUGGCAGCCUACUGGUCAAACCACGGCUGUUGGAAGAUGUAGAAGACACACUGAGCUGCACCACAUUUGAGGAAGACUCUCUCUCCAGGAAACUGAACUGUGACAGUACGUCAUGCUGGGUCAAGCUGAACAUGGAGGCGAUGAAAAAAGAGUACCAAACAGUCCGAAGCAAGCGCAUCGCUCUGGAGAUGCGUAGGAAAGCGUCUCCAUGGCAGCGAAACUUGGGCUAUCCACUGGCCAUGCUUGUGCUCCUUGCACUGACGGUGAUGUGUGUGUUGAUGGUCUGUUUCAAUGUGCUGGAGUUGCUUCUGGAUGAGACGGCUCUGCCCAGAGGAAUGGAGGACCCUCACCUGGGAAUGGCAUCCUUCUCUAUGUUCGGCUCACUGGGCGCUGCAGUUCAAGUAGUCCUUAUCCUCUACCUGAUGGUAUCCUCAGUAGUAGGUUUCUAUAGUUCACCUCUCUUCACUGGCCUCUUGCCUCGUGCACAGGACACUAACCUCACACAGAUAAUUGCAAACUGUGUUUCACUGCUUAUCCUGAGCUCUGCGUUGCCAGUCUUUUCACGUACACUUGGAAUCACCCGCUUCGAUCUACUGGGAGACUUUGGUCGGUAUAACUGGCUUGGGAACUUCUACAUUGUCUUCCUGUACAACAUGAUGUUUGCUGGUCUCACCUCUGCCUCCCUGAUCAAGACAGUCACCUGGGCAGUUCAGAGAGAGCUCAUCCGUGCCUUUGGUCUCCACAGACUGCCUUUAACUGUGUCACGCUCCACCGUCCCCUUCAGACUCCUCCUGGCCAGUGGACUUUCUAAAAUCCAGUGAAUUCUCGUCCUCACCACUGCCUCUCCUAACCUUGAGAAACAGCCACUUCAGUGUGCACCUAUUGGAUUAAAUGCACUUGCAGUUCUGUCCCCUUGCCAGUUGGUACAUAGGUCAGGUCGCCCAAUGGGAAGAGACUGGAGAUGGUGACGAGUCUGCCUGCAUCUGUCCAGUGGGAGCUCUCCUUAAAGCUGUGUUUAAUGACCAAUUUAUCAGGGUCCAAACUUGUGCAGUUAUUUGACUGCAAGGACAUGUACUGGUACCAGAGGUUAGCUCAGCCAUGGUUAUGACUGGAACAAGGGUAAAAAGGAUUACAGCCAUAUUGGCUGUCCUGCUAUAGUGGACAGUAACGGAGCAAUCUGCCUGCAAACCUGAUGCCUUACAAAAAGAGGAUUCAUUGGAUAGCUGUUGCUCUGUUGACACAUGUGAAAGUCAGCAGAGUUGUUUUGAAAUAUUACAUUGUCGCUGUGACAUAAUUUCCUCUUCCUGCUUCAGGUCGAUUGAGUGCUCUCUCUUUCUCGUUGCUUCCCCACGCUUUCCUCUCUUAGGUUGUACCACUAUUUUAAGAUUGGGAAUCUUACUUCCAUGUGUAUGGUGAGCUCAGUCUGCACCAGUGUUAUGUUAGUAAAUGAGAGGAAGUUGUUAUUGGGCACAAAUAGGACACGGAGUACUUUGUCUAUCAGUUGAUCCACAGGUUACACAGGGAAUAUAUGAGAGUGAGGUGAUAGUCUGUGUCACAGCGCUUUUACAAACCCAGUUUAAUAGUAGAAUUAAGAGCAUUUUCUGUGGUGAUUUAUUAUUUAGCAGGGUUUUUAUUUUUUGAAGAUGACAGUGAGCUUACUGAGUCUGAGGACUGGUCUACAAUAUACAAAAACACACUAAAAAGAAAGCUUUACUUUUCUCUUAUGCAAGACCUUUGAAUGCCAUGUGACACUCACUAGGAGAAACUUCUGCCUUAGACCAAUCAAACUGUGAAUUAUUAAGAAUUUGUGGGGAAGUGCAAUAUUUUAUAAGUAAAAAGCACACUUUGACUUUACCAAAAGUAAUUUCUAAAUUUUCUGUAUGCUUUUUAUUUUCCGUGAAGUAUUUUUUUUCAUCUCAUUUGUCUUUGUUGGACAUUGGGUGGAAGCUUAGAAUAGUCUCGUGAUAUGUUGAAAUAACGAAUGUGAUUCAUGCAGUCCAUUCUGGUGUCAGUUUUUAUAAUUUGAUGACCCAAAUUCUAUUAUGUGUAUCUCUUCAUCCUCAAUGUGUUGGUGAUCCUGUGUCACUGUUUGCCAUUGCUGCUGUAUCAGCAGGUUAUUAGCUGUUGUUUUGACCAGCAGGGGACAGUGUCUCUCAAACCCAACAUCAACCUUAGGGUUGUGUGAGGUUCUCUCUCUCUGGUUGGUUGUUAUAUGUAUUGUAUUAUAUGUGGAGCACUCUUAGGUUUACUUGUUUCACUUUUUUCUGGGAAGUUUCUUUUGGUUUUUGGGAACACAAAGUUGAUAAUGUGCUGUUUUUUAAUUUUAUUAUUUAUGGGCAUUUUUGGAUCUAUACUUCACAUGUUGAGUCAUUACUCUUAGGAUUUUUAACAGGUGUUAAAAAUGUUGAAUGUGAUACAGUUGAGACAAAAAAUCUUUAGAGUUGCUCUCAAAGAUUAAAAAAAAUGUUUACUGUUUACUUUUGAAAUGCUCUGAUGUUUCAGAUUUUCUUAAAACUGAAUUUUAACCAUCAUUGUUUUAUGAGCAGAAAGCAAUAAAAAUGUCUGUGUAUUUUUAACUUCUUUGGAUACACA